CGGAAACAGAAGGGGAGGCUCCUUGGGGAGGGAGGUUGGAAAAUCCCGCCUCAAAACUGAGUUGAGAACUGUUGGGAGAAAUCCAUUCACUUUCUUUUGCAUCUGACCUAACCAGAAGAAAGACUCUCCUACUGGAAAGAAUUUAUUUAUUUUUUUUUCUCCUCAGAGAGAAAAGCUUUCCUCGAGCAUGAGUUCCCCGUGUGUCCCGGUGAGACGGGUGGGGCUCUUCGGGGGCACCCACGGCAAUGAAUUAUCGGGGGUGCUCCUGGUCAGGCACUGGCAGCAGGAUGGAGCCGAGAUCCAGAGGGCAGGAGUGGAGGUGAAACCUUUCCUCACCAACCCCAGAGCUGUGGAGAGGUGCACCAGGUACAUUGACUGUGAUCUCAACCGGGUCUUUGACCCCCAGAGUCUUGGCAGGCCAGUGGUGGAAGAUAUUCCAUAUGAAGUGAGGAGGGCUCAGGAAAUCAAUCAUAUAUUUGGUCCCAAAGGUAGUGAUGAUGCCUAUGACCUUAUUUUUGACCUUCACAACACCACUUCUAACAUGGGUGGUACCAUUAUUCUUGAAAACUCCAGGGAUGACUUUACAAUUCAAAUGGUUCAUUAUAUCAAGAACGCUUUGGCUCCAGAACCUUGUCCUGUUCUGCUGAUUGAACAUCCCAGCCUGAAAUAUGCAACAACUCGCUCUGUGGCAAAACAUCCUGUUGGUGUCGAGGUGGGGCCCCAGCCACAAGGUGUUGCUAGAGCUGAUGUUUUGGACAAAAUGAGGAAGAUUGUCAAACAUGGCCUUGAUUUUGUGCAACUUUUUAAUGAAGGCAAGGAAUUUCCACCAUGCACAAUCGAGGUUUUUAAAAUAAUGGAGAAAGUAGAUUAUCCCAGAAAUAAGAGUGGUGAAAUUAUUGCAAUAAUUCAUCCUCAACUACAGGAUCAAGACUGGCAGCCACUGAAGAAUGGUGAUCCUGUAUUUUUGACUCUUGAUGGAGAAGUAAUUCCAUAUCAGGGGAACUGUACAGUCUAUCCAACAUUUAUUAAUGAAGCAGCAUAUUAUGAAAAGAAACAAGCUUUUGUAAAAACAGAGAAAAUCAAACUCACUGCAAAACACCUCAGCUUGCCAGUCUCAGAGCAGAGCACUUCUUAAAAGCUUGUAACAAAUUUUUCAUAUAAAAAGUGGGUUUCCUUAUGAAGCCCAGGGUCAUUCAGUAGUAAUUUGUGGAAUAAAUACAGAACCUAAUUUUAAAUUGUAAUUUAAUUAACCUUGCUGAGCACUUUGAGAUCUAUUGUCAUAAUGCUGAUUUUGACUCUGUUUAUUGUUCUAAUAGAAUCCUAUAAUGCAAAGAAUUUAUAAAUAUUUUUAUUAAGAUUUUAUAAAUAUGCUCAUCCACAGUACUACAUUAUAUACAAAAUUUACAGCUUUUCUACUUCUUAACCCCAAACCUCAACAGCCAACACUUUUUACAAUAGGCUGAUCCCUAAAAUUAAUUCCUCAGGUAAACACACAAAAUGUGAGACAAAGGAAAAGCUGGGCAGAGAGAAACAGGGGGAGGGUGUGUAUAAUAAAUAAUAUUAUCUGCACAUGGGACUGACCCCCACGGUGCUGAAGUGGAAGCCUUGGGGUUUAUUUUGUUUCCACACUUACAAACAUAUAAACAAGCUAAACAGGAUUUCAGAGAAAUAUACUCUAAAAAGCUUUACAUUUCAUUUUGGUGUAUUUCACUAUCAAUUCAAGCUGCUUCUGAUUUAAGGCAAGAUUUAGGCAGCUAUGAUGAAGAGCAGAGCACAAACCAUACCUGAGUAUUCCAGAAUGGAAAUUAAGAAGUAUUCUAUAUGGAGAGACUUGUUUUGUAUCUGUAGAGAGAAAGCCUGUCAUAACAUCUUAAAAAGAGAAAAAAAUUGGGGCUUAAUUAAUUUUCUAAUGUUGUUUUUUACAUUUUUGACAAGUUGGUGAUAAAUAUUAAGAACUUUGCAUAAAGAUCCAUUAAUUAUUUAACUGAAAGAUUAAUUGUCCAGAUAACUGUCAUACUCUACCUUUGAAAAGUGAUGCCAUCCUCAUUUCCUACUAAAUUUAAAGUAUUUUUUCCUUGUCUUUGUGUAACUCUUAUGGCAAUAAAAAUUUAAAAAAAACCAACAACACAGGACAGAAUGUUGAUUGAAUGACAAGUUUUAUUUCCUUAAUUUAAAUAAACAUGGUAUAAAAAGCA